AUGCACAGGCGAUUCCAACGUUUCUUCACAUCCCUAAAGGAGCAUGGCUGCGUCAGCUACGCCAAGAUCGCCACGGCCAGCGGGUUCUGCGAUGUCGACCUCCUGCUCAUCAAGGCGACCGCCCCCGACGACCUCCCGCUCCCCGAACGAUACGUGCACGAGCUCCUCAAGAUCUUCUCCAUCUCCCCUUGCUCGUUCCGCUCGUUCUCCCUCAGCUUCACCCGCCGGUUCCGCAGCACGCACUGCUGGCGCGUCGCCCUCAAGUGCUUGCUCCUCGUCCACCGUCUCCUCCGGUCACUCCCCGAAGAUAGCCCCUUACGGUCCGAACUGCUGUGGACCCGCUCAGCCCGAUUGCUCUCGCUGAACCCGUGCCACUUUCGGGACGCCUCCUCCUCGGCCUCCGAGGACUACACCAGCUUCAUCAGGGCCUACGCCGGGCUUCUUGACGAAGCUCUCAAUAUCUUCUCCAUUGAAACUAUACUCAGUGAAGACGGCGAAUUUCCCGAAAAUCUGUCCGAUAGGAUGAGGGAAGUGGGGAAGUUGCUCGAGAUUCUGCCGCAGCUACAGAGCCUCAUCGACCGUGUCAUGGACUGCAGGCCGAUUGGAUCCGCAGCGAGGAGCUUCAUCAUCAAAUCGGCAAUGAAACACAUAAUUCGCGACAGCUUCAUCUGCUACACCACGUUUAGGAGAGACAUUGUGGUGCUGCUGGAGAACCUCUUUCACAUGCCACACAGGAACUGCAUCUCCGCUUUUGGCAUCUACAAGAAAGCGGCUCUCCAAGCCCAACAGCUUAGCGAAUUCUACGAUUGGUGCAAGGCGCGGGACCUGUGCGGACCGUACGAAAAUCCGUUCAUCGACCGAAUCCCGCAUAUUCAGAUCCAAGCGCUCGAAAGUUUCCUCGACGGGAUGUGGCAAUUGACGGAUCAGUCGCCCUCGUCGUCCUCAUCGACCGCAUCACCCUCUUCAUCCAUAGCACGGUCGAGGUCGUCAUUGACCGAAGACGAUGGCGAGUUCAUGCCGAGGGGGGACGUCAACCUCGUCAGCAUGCAGUGGGAGAAAUUCGAGGACAAUGCCUUGGUGGUGAGAUCCAAGGAAGAUGAAAGAGAGCCAUUGAUCAAGCUUGAAGAUGGUGAGAAGGCCAUCGGCUGGGAUUGGGAGGCCCUUCUGGAGGCCUCCAUCAAUCUAUCUCCAAUGAAUCAGCAGCAGACCUUUGAAGAAGCAAGAGAGGAUCAAAGUGGGAAAGAGAAGGAGUGGCAAUUGCAGAUACACAACAACCCAGGAAGCCACAAUCCUUUUUAUUGAAGUAAU